AACGAUACGAUUUCUAUUUUCUGCCCGGUCUUUUUAGCUACAUAGAAAGUAAUGCUGAUAAAAAGUCUAAAGCACAGUUUAUGUGUGAGGCGUGCUGCUGGUGGCCUCAAUUGGAUGCCGCGCCCAAACAGGCACAUUAAUUCUCCACGAGUAGUCUGGGCAUAUUCACAGUAUAUUUAAUAUGUUCAGGAAGCCAGAUUGCUUAUUUAAGGUAUUUCUCUGGGCUGUUCUGACCACCAAACAUGCAUCAGAGAGACUACAUUUCCCAUACCAAAAGAGUGGCAACUCUAAUGAGCCCUGUCACCACUAUGAGCCCACCUGCUGGAGUCUGGCACGUCCACCACUGCGCACCGCUCUUCUUCCCCUCCCCGCACCUGCCUGCCCGCUGUCCCGCGUGCGGCAAGCCGCUGCCAACCUCCCCACCCAGGGAGGUGCCCUCGCCGUUCCGGCGCGCCGCCGACCAGCCCCGCUCCGUCCUCAUCCGCCCUACGGAGGGCGACUUCCUCCUGAACUACACCGGCGGCGGCGACCUGCACGCGGGCGUCACCGACUCGGGCGGCGGCGUGGUCGCCUUCGACCGCGCCGGCCUCCGCCGCGUCCCGACCGCUGACUGGCCCCAGUGCAUCGUCAUUCCCCUGCCCGCCUCUGACGCCCCGGCAGAAGCGGCCGCCGCGCGGUGGGACCACGCCCUGGACCGCCUGCUCACCGCCGAUGCUGGUCGGCCUCUGACUACUGACGAGGCCGACCGCAACUGCUUCUCGUUCGUGCUGGCGUUUCUGGCGGCGCUGGGUCUGCCCGGCGUGGCGGCGGGGGGCCUGACGCGGGAGGCGUUCGCCAGGGAGCACGUGGUGCCCGUGUCGGGACGCGCCGCGAAGUACCUGACGCUGUACCGGCGGGUGCGCAGGCUCGGUUGGUACGCGAUCGGGGAGGAAGGGCGGUCGCGGGUGCAGGGUGCGGUGUCGGGAGGAGAGGAUGGAAGAUGAGGACCGGGAGGAGAGUAGGAGCGAUGGAACUCUAGGCGAGGACGCGACGUGGACUGCAAUAAAGAUGUGCGGCUUCGUGGGAGACUGAGGAUUGCAGAAGAUCGUGCUGUGUGGAGGCUACCCAUGGUAUAUGUGUGCUGUGUGGAGGCUACCAGUGGUAUAUGUGUGCUGUGUGGAGGCUGCCGUUGGUAUCUGCAUGCUGUAUGGAGGCUACCAGUGGUAUCUGUGUACUGUGUGGAGGCUACCGUUGGUAUCUGUGUGCUGUGUGGAGGCUGCCGUUGGUAUCUGUGUGCUGUGUGGAGGCUACCGUUGGUAUCUGUGUGCUGUGUGGAGGCUACCGUUGGUAUCUGUGUGCUGUGUGGAGGCUACCGUUGGUAUCUGUGUGCUGUGUGGAGGCUACCGGUGGUAUCUGUGUGCUGUGUGGAGGCUACCAGUGGUAUCUGUGUGCUGUGCAGAGGCUACCGUUGGUAUCCGUGUGCUGUGUGGAGGCUACCAGUGGUAUCUCUGUGCUAUGUGGAGACUACCGUUGGUAUCUGUGUUCCGUGUGGAGACUACUGGUGUAUCUAGGAGCGAUAAUGUGAUGACCUGAAAGGGCUGCAUGCCAUGUGAGCACGCUAGGGAGUGUGCCGGAAGUACAGAGGCACAAGGAACAUGGUAAAGGGUGCGCUUUCCUAUGCGAUCAAUGGGAAAUGGGCGACUGCAUUGGUUUUAACCUGGCUGGUAGUGCUCGCCCGUGCCUGUAUGCGGGAAGUCGGAAGAUCCGGUAUCGCCACUGGUCACGUAUUUCGUCGUCCUCCGUGAGGAUGACAGUGAGACACUACGACGUGGAGCGCACGGGGGUGCCAACGCGCUGCUAAAGCGUCACAAUUGUUAAUUGAGUAUUUUUAUGUUGUUUUAACUUAAGACCAAUUAUGCCGUCGACAGUUUAUGAAAGCAAGCGUUAUUGAGAUGUCUGUAGUUCUUUACAAGAGUUAAGUUUUCAGGGGAACUUGGUAGGUAUGUUGAGGUAUGUAUGUAUCACUAUCUGUACAAGCACGUUGUUUGGAAUCCAUUGUUAUGUGUUACGGAUUCCUUUUUACCGAACAAAUUGCAACAGUAGAUCUUUAUAAUAUAUAUGGCCUGUAAUACAUUCCACCAAAAAUAAUUUUCUUUGUUAGUAUCUGCAAGCAUUCGGCCAUGGUGGACGUGCGGGAUGACUCCAGAACAAUGCAUGCGGUUUUCG